GACAGGGGUGAGGGAAAGGGAAAAAAUGAGGUUGAGGUAGAAUGCCUGUGUGGUUGGUUGCUCACUCGAACGCAGUUAAUGCCGACCAAGCCGAGGAGGCGCGUGCUCGUUGGGGAUUUGAGAAUUUUUUUUCUUUCCCAACCCGCCAAAUUGAAGAGGCCGCGUGUCUCUGCUCCAGUGCCAAACGCAGCGACAGAACCAGAGCAGUUGAGAACAAGACGGAUAAAAAAGUCAAAAUCGUUGGAUGAGGGAAAAGAGUUUGCUGAGGGGAGGUGAAAAAAAAUUGUACAAAAGGAAUUGAAAUUCUGGACGUGUACGUGAGGGGAAAUACCAAAGAGAGCGAGGGAAGAAUGAGGGGCUUUAUCAAAUUAUGUCGAGUCCCUUUCCACUUCACAUCUGAAGGAAAGUCAUUAAUUUAAUUCACACGGAGCACCACGAGUGCAGUUGAAAGGAUACAUUUCCAUCCGAAUGACUUGGUUUUUCGAUCGAAAUUUCACGAGUAAAAAUAAAAGCGCGAUGGAGGAGUGAAAGAGAAUGGAGGGAUAGAGGGUAUGUGGUGCUGGCAGAGAUACAGCCGAAGCGCGGAGAAAACAGGAGAGAAAAAUACCAGCGGAAACUGAUGAAAUAAAAUUGUGGGAGAGGGGUUGAGGUGAAUUAAUGGAGAAAAAGAGGCCUCCGAGACUCUUAGAAAAAACCAUGAACCUGGAGAUAAGGGAGAUGAGUUGAAGUGGGGGGUGGAACAGAACGAGCAAGAUCUCGGCACCUGGAGGGAGGGGAGAGGCCCAAGUUUUUCAGAUAAAAUUUUAAAUAAAAAAUGAUUACCAGUGCUGGGGUUGGGGGUGUCAGUGGGGCGGGUAUGCUGCGUGCACGUCGUCGUGAUGUCAGCGUUAAGCCCAAUCGAAAGCUCGACAGAAAGUCCUCGCGGGGUAUGAUAUACGAGAAUGAGGAGCUGCGACUGAGAACCAUCAACAUUAAUGCGGAAGUUGAACAAGGUCACAAUGACAUAAAGAAGCUCAGACGUGAAAACGAGCAGUUGAGACGUGAGAUAUGGUGUCUGAGGGAGGAGUACGACAAGUUGGAGGAGAUACUCAAGAGCCAAAAGUCAAGGGAGGAUAGUGAAAACGACGAGGAUUUCAGCGACGACUGUUCAAGCGGUUCGAACGAAGAGGAAGACGACGACGAAGAAGAAGAAGAAGCGGACGACGACAACAUAAGCGAGUCCCCGAAGGCCCCCGAAAAGCUGCUAACCCCUGACUCAAUCCAAGAUGAGCUCCUGGAAAACGCCGAGAAUCAAAAGCUCUCGACUGAGAAAAUGAACAGUAUUCACCGGCUGCACGUAGAUUUCGAUCAAUUAUCAACAGUAACCGAGGAGGAGGAAACCAAGCGCGAUAAGACCCCCCUAAAAAAAGAUGACAGAGAAUUAAUUAAACCCGAGUCAACUAUAACAAACGAAAUAUCCCAGAAAAGGGAGGAUAGUUCCUUGGCCGGGCGCACAUUUAAUUGGAUAUACAGUCCCGAGUGUCCAGUGCUACCUUCCGUAAACGAUCAAUCUGUCUGCCGUCCGGCAACCCCAAGUACCCAGCGUUUAAUCAGCAACGAUGCUCCUCAAGUCCCCCGACUGGGCUGGGAAGCGAUAUUCGAUGUGAAUCCGAGGACAAAUUCUGUUGGUUCAAGAGUAUUACCAGAGGGGUUGACCCCCCCAUUAGCCCCUGAUAACGCCGGAGCGCAGAAGACAUCGCCGGAUAUAUGUGUGUCGGGAGCAGUACCAAACCAAUUACACAAUUCGCACAGUUCUGACAAUCUGCUAUCAAAUCCCCGGGACAACUUGGCCAAGACGCUGUCACACUCGUGUCAAGAGUUGAAGUCCAAUUUAUUUAGGGAAGAGAGUACGAUCAAAGGUGGCUUAGCUGCUAAGAGCUUACCUGAUAAUUCCAAGGACAGCCCGAAGGCGUUUCGCAGCCAGUUGCGAGUACAUCUAACUCAGCCGUCUGAAAAAUCACCCGAGAUACCACCGCAAAUGCCACGUCUCGAUUGUACUUUAUGCCCACCGACUUUGGACAACGAUCGCCGACAUCGUAGAUUACUUCGACAGCUGCAGCUGCAGGAGUACCAGGCAACAUCCUUCGAGCACCCGAAUCCCCAAAGUUUGACUUUACCCGUUUCUCUGAGUCCGUACACACCGAGGCCAGACAAGACGAUUUAUCGGGACGUUGGGUACCUUCCUGUUUGGUCGGAUGUACCGCCACCACCGAGGGUUGACACACAGACGCAGACGCAGAGUCCCAGCCCGACGCCGAGUACUAGUUCGGGGCAGGAGGUUCGUAAGGACGAUGGAAAGUCAUCAAAGUCGUCCAAGUCCAGUCCCGAGAAGAAGAGGGUGAGGAAGAAAUCGGAGAGGGUGUCGACGCCUUCGGUGGAGGGACAGAGAAAGCCGAAGAGUAGGAAUUCACAGGCCUCGAGGAGGAGGACCUCGUCGAGGAGUCAGAGUGUCCCGGGUGCCGAGGGAGAGUUGAAGAAUUUCAAGGAUACGAUUGUCGGGGGAAUCGAGGCGGAGAAGGAGUUCAGGAAGAAUAGUAUUGCCACGGAGAAGGUGCCUUGGUGCGCUUGUUGGGGGAAUGGCUGUCUUUGAAGCUGAUUCGACAAUUAAUGAAGGCAAACGGGGAACAAAGAACGCCGAGAGCUCUCGGAUGGCAUCUGACUGAGUUUAGAAGCAUCUCGGUUGUCAAGGGAACAACAUUUACGAGAAUUCGUUCAUCUGUGAGGAUUAAGAAACAGAAGAAUAGGAAUCUCGGGUUUCAGUCAGGAGGACUUCGGCGAAGAGUCAGAGCGUCGCGUGUGCUCGAAAAAUUUCAAGGGUAUCGUCUAUGAACGGGGAAGUUGCCUUCAUGCGCAACUUGGGAUUGGAGGAUUAUUUCUCUGUGAGGCUUACGUGAUAAUUAAUUCAUGAUAUCGUAGUCACACGAAUCGAGAGUAAAGGGAGAUGGAAGACCGAAAUUCUCGGAUAUCGUCCGUUUAGUUCAGUAACCGCAAAAAAAGGAGAACUACAUCAGAGAAAGCAGAAAUCUCUGGUAAUAAUGCGAGUGCUUUUGUCAAGGAGCUUAUACUGAUGACAAAUAAAAAACUCUGAGACAUCUUGAAGGAGUUCAGGCGAAAUAGUGCAGUUGAUGUAACGGUCAAUCCACAAUCUCAUAGUCCUUCAAAUCAAUAAUAAAAAUAGAAAAAUUUUCAAAAAAACUCAAAUCGCAAUAAUCAACUCAUGAAAAUCGUUUGGUUCUCUUGAUUUUAAGUUGAAAAAUGAUUUUACAAAAAACAUUUAGCCCUGAAUUUAACGUAACAGCCAGUCCACAAUUUUCCAGCCCCUCAGAUCAACAAUAAAAACCCAGAAAAGACGAUAAAAAUUCUCAGAUAUUAUCAGCCUCACGCGAACCUCCCCAAAAAGAACCAAAAAAUCUCAAAUAAUCUCAGUUAUCAAGGGAUGAGAAUCUCGCAGCCACAGGGGGAUUAGAAAGUGCAACGUGAUCCCAUUCCCAACGAAGAGAAGCCUGCAGGCAAUAUCUCCCCAAAACCCCCGGCAACUCCAAGAAUGAGUUGUUUUGCUCAGGAAUAUGAGUAUGACUAAUUAAAAUAGCUCGCUCGUUGGAUGUCGAUCGAUAGGGAUACUUAGACAAAAUAGAAAAAUUUCUGUUGACGUAACAACCAAUCUACAAUCCCAUAGUCCUUCAAAUUAAUAAUAAUGAAAAUACAAAAAACGACAAAAAAUUCAAACCGCAGUAGUCAAGUCCACAAAAUCGUUUGGUUCCCUCAAUUUUAACUUGAAAAAUAAUACUCAAUAAGAAUCAAUUCGCAGAUUAACAAUAACACCCAGAACAGACGAUAAAAAUUCUCAGCUAUCGUCAGCCAAAAUAGAAAAAUUUCGAAGAUUUAGAGAAAUUGAGGAAAAAUAGUCCUGUUGAUGUAACAAUCAAUCCGCAAUUCCAUAGACCUUCAAAUUAAUAAUAAUGAAAACGAAAAAAUUAAAAAAUAAAU